GAGACACUCUGAAGAUUUCUGGUCCGAAGCAGGGGAGAUUUUUCCUGAUUUUCAAAGGUUUAGGUUGAAGGCCUGGAGAAAAAGUGGACUUUUUCUGUCUCAGACCAAAGGAUUUCUGCAGCCAUGACUUCAGCACUGUGUGGCUGCAUCACCAGCAUCCUGACCUACGAAACCAACAAGUCUGUGGUGGUGAGGAGCUGGCCUUUAGGGAUCGUUUAUCGACUGGUGCAGCUAAUCAUCAUCUCGUAUUUUGUUGGCUACGUCUUCCUCUAUGAAAAAGCUUACCAGGUGGCCGACACAGCCUUCGAGUCCUCAGUCAUUACGAAAGUGAAAGGAUUUGGCAAACUGAACAACACUGUGAUGGACGUAGCUGAUUAUAUCUACCCUCCUCAGGGUGAAGGCGUGUUUAGCAUCAUUACUAAACUCAUAGAAACGGAUAACCAGUUCCAAGGACGAUGUCCAGAGUAUGAGAAAGAGUUUAAUUGCAGCACAGAUGCAGACUGCCUACAACAUCUUGGCUCCAUUCACGCUGACGGUAUAAUUACAGGUGAAUGCAACACAUCUGCUGGUUACUGUGAGAUUGAAGGAUGGUGUCCAGCAGAGGAUGACAAAGUGGACAUCAAGCCAAUGCUUGACUUUGUGGACUUCACCAUUUACAUCAAAAACAGCAUUCGUUUCCCCCUCUUCAAUGUCACCAGAGAAAAUGUUUCUCCAACAAAAUCUAUCAAGAAUUGCACCUACGACACAGAUAAUUCCUGUCCCAUCUUUCGAGUGGGGUAUAUUCUGGAUGAAGCUCAGCAGAAUGUGUCUCUGCUGGCAAACAAGGGCGGUGAAAUAGGAAUAAACAUAGAGUGGAGAUGUGACCUGGACCGUAAUAUUAGCUUAUGUGUUCCCAAGUACUCUUUCUCUCAACUGGAUGCUCCAUUUCAAAAUGCCAGCCUCUCCAAAGGUUUCAACUUUAGAUUUGCCAAAUACUACAAGACGGCGGAUGGAACUGAUUAUCGGCGUCUUCACAAAGCAUUUGCAGUUCGUUUUGAUGUUAUGGUGACCGGCAUUGCAAGAAAGUUCAGCUUAAUUCCAACAGUGAUCAAUGUGAUCGCUGCUGUCACCUCAAUUGGGAUGGGUACGGUUCUCUGUGAUCUCAUCUUGCUGCACUGUUUGAAAGGAGCAGACUACUAUAAAGAAAAGAAGUUUGAGGAGGUGUCAGAAGAACAGAUUCAUGAAUCCAUCACUCCAAAACCAGGAAGUCAGCUGUCAAUCAGACGAGGAAACAGUGGCUGCAAUGAUUCUGGAGCCGUGUCCCUCUCCCCCAACUGCUGAUGCCAGGAAUGUGAAA